AAUAAAGAGAGUACAGUCUCGUGUAGUAUACAAAAAAAACGAAGAGGAAGACCAUCAAAAGUUAAGACACAUGGAUUGAAUACUUCUAGUACAGAACUUGUUUCAGAUGAUAGAAAAUCAAGCAAUAUAAAGAGUAUUGUUGAUGAAACAAGAACAAGUGAUGAUAGUUACAGUACAACUAAUGAUAAUGAGAAUAAUUCUAUAAACCACAGAAAAAAAAGAAAAUAUCCUUUUAAUAAAUACAAAGAGCGAAAACGAGGAAGGCCUAAAGGAGGUAAUAAAAAAAGUAAUUGUGAUGAUGACUAUGUACCACAUCAUUCGCAAGUUAAUCAAUCUUUAAAAAAAGGAAAUUUGAAACUGAAUUCUACAGAAUCAAGUGUGAAGAAAAUGGUAUCUUGUGGAAAAUGCAAUGUGGAAAUAUUAAAAAGUCAAUGGUCUCAUCAUAAUUUAUCACUACAUAAUGAUUUGGGUUGGGUUAAAGGAACAACGAAACCAAAUUUUGAAAAUGAUGAAAAGUUACUUAAAAGAAUUUUGUUCAAUGCUAUAAAAAGAAGAAAAGGAAAUCUUGUUUGUGAAAUAUGUAAUGUCAUAAAGCGUAGUGUAUUAGGAUUUCUCUCACACACAACAUUUUGUGGAAAAGAUGAAGAAGAAAAACGGGCUUUAAUGGUCACGUGCCCUAUUUGUGAUGCAGUAACAAAACCAUCAUCACUAGAAUAUCAUGAAAGAAUGCAUAAAUUACAAACAGAAGAAAAGCAAAAAACAAAUUUUUCAGAAGCGGAUGAUAUAAAUUUAGGUUCAAAAAUUAAGAGAAAAGCUGCUGAAAAAGCCAUUACCAAAAUAUCACAAUUUACAGCAAUAGUUAAUGAUAAAGAUGAUAAAGAUUGUUUAUUCUCAUCAGAUAAAAAGUUAAAAUUGAAUUUUAGUUCUGUCAAAAAAUUAAUACAGAAGCCACAGCUAAUGAAAAAAAUUCCAAGUACAUUAUUGGGAAAAUGGAAAAAAAAUUUAAAUAUUGGAGAAUAUGCAAUUUGUAAUCAAGCAGGCUGUCAGUUUAAUAGUAAAUCAUUAAAUGAAAUUAAACAACAUUAUGCAGUAUGUAAUUUCACACCUCAAGAGAAUUUUUCAUGUAAAAUUUGUCAAUUUCAAACAUUAUCUGAGAAUGAAAUUGUUAGCCAUGCUCUCCAAAAACAUUCAAUAGAAGAUAAUUAUGAUAUCCAUUUAUCAUUGUCUGACACAGAGUCUUUUAGUAGUGACAAUAUUGAUGAGAUAGAUAAAGAAAGCGAAAAAAAUCCUGGCUUACAAAAGAAAUUUUUUUUUAAAGAAAGUAUUAAAUCCUCAAAUAAGAUCUUUAGAUUUUUGUUUAAAGAUGGUGUUUGUCAUACCAAGUUGAAUAAGCCAUUCUACACUGCAUUUCAAUGGACAUUGGAAUUUGAAAAAAAAAAUUAUAAAUUUAAUUUAUUUAAAGAAUUGGUACCUAAUACUUUUAAGUUAUUAAGUGUUAAUGAAUCAAAGGAAUAUUUUCCAAUUAUUGAACAAUCAAUGCUUAUGAAAAGUGAAAAAACUAAUAAUGAAGAUUUACUAAAGUCAAAAUGGAAGAAGUGGAAAAGAUUUGAAGGACAUUGUAUUCAAGAUAAUCCAACAUUUUUUGCUGGGGGUCCAAUUUGGGCUUUGGCAUGGUUACCAAUACCUAGCUUAUUAGCAUUUUCUAAAAAUAUAUCACAAUUUAUUGCUGUCAGUACUCAUCCAACAAUGGAUAUAGAAUUUUCUGUUGGAAAAAUAUACACUAAAAAAAAUAUUAUUCAAAUUUGGAAUUUCGGCGAUCUCAAUAAUAAAACUAGUAAUAUGUAUAAUCCAAAAUUAGCAUAUGCAAUCAUUCAUGAGGGAGGAACAGUUUGGUGUUUAGACUGGUGUCCAUCUGGAUGUUAUCAACAUGAACAAUUGCCUGGUUUUAUUAAUGAAAAUGGUCAACCAAAAAGAAUGGGUUUAUUAGCUGCAGCUUGUUCUGAUGGUUGUGUGCGAAUAUACUCACUUAUUUUUCCAGAAGAUCUUCCAUCUUAUUCAGAUUGCAAUAAAACUAUAAAUAAUUUUGACGAUAAAAAAGUGGAAAAUAUAUAUCCUAUUUAUAAUACAGAACCUGUUUUACAAUUAAUUGUUAAUUUAGAAAUGUUUGAUCAGAAGCAACAAAUUUGGCAAGUUACAAAAUUAUCGUGGACUAAAGAAAACGAGCACAAUGUAAUUGUUGCUGGAUUUUCAAAUGGAUAUAUUGCAUUAUGGGAUUUAACAUCAAAAUCUUCAAUGUUAAAAACUAAAAGAGGCAAUACUAUUUUUCUUAAUUCAUAUAGACAUUUUUUUGCACACCACCAUGCAAUUACAAUGGCAUAUUUAAUACCCCAAGAUAAUAAACGAUUUUUAGCAACUGCAAGUUUAGAUAGACAUUAUAAAUUUUGGGACUUAGAAGAUAUUACUAAUCCAAGGAAUUUUUUGAAAAAAAGUUUUGUCACUGAUGGAUCAUGGCUAAAUAAUUGGCAUUGUGCACUGAUUGCUUAUGAUGAUGCACUUAGUAUGAAUCACAGUUACUCGUAUUGUUUGCCACUUCGAGAAUAUACAUAUAAAUACUAUAACUUAUUACCAACGAAUUCUACGAGUUAUACAAUUUCUACAUCGGAUUUUGGAAAUAGCAUUGCAAAUGGUACACUUGCAGGUGAAGUUCUUGCAAUAUUUCCUGAGCAACUAUUAUAUAUUCGAGAUAUGGAUAAAACACUACCUCGUAAACGCCAUAUCAGUAUUGUAUCGUCGUUGGAAUUAAUUGAUUUUCAAAACGACUCUAAAAGUAAAGAAUCAGUUCAAACUAAAAAACGAGAAAAAAAUGACAAUAUAGAUUAUAAUUACAUGCCCUCAACUUAUAUUGAUUCAAAUGAUAGAUUUGGAUUAAAAUUUUGUGAUAAAAUAAAUUUUUUUCGAGAUGAGUACUCAUCGGAACAGCCCAAAAAUCAUAAGAAAACUCUUACUUGUGAAAUGAUGAAAAAUGUUCCUAUAGAACAAUAUCCAUUUACGUCGGUGAAUCGGCUUGCGUGGAAUCCAAAUGCUUGGAGUUUUCUAUGGCUUGCUGUUGGAUAUCAAAAUGGAUUUGUGCGACUUAUUUCGUUUAAAUCAUUAGCUUCAACCGAAUAUAAUAAAUUACUUAUUUCACAUAUCGAAACAAUAAAAUCUGACGAAUAAGUACAGAAAUAAUUACUUUAAAAAUAGCAAAUGAAAAUUUUUUAAAGAAAAUUCAAAUUUAACAAGUAAUGUGUAUAUUGAAAUAAUGCAUAAUAAUUAAUACCGAUUUAAUCAGAUAUUGUCCCAAAUUAAUUUCCAAUA